CGGCAGCGCAGGAGGCGGCGGGCGCGCAGGGACGCGCGGCGCCAGCUGAUACGAUGGGCGGCGCCCACCAGCCCGCUACUCCGGGGCCCAGCUCGCUAUUUAUAUUCUCCGACGAAAAUCCUAUACGGAGGUAUACAAAGUUCAUUAUCGAGUGGCCACCCUUCGAGUACGCGGUGCUGCUUACCAUCAUCGCCAACUGUGUGGUGCUGGCGUUGGAGGAGCAUCUGCCGAACGGUGAUAAGACCAUCUUAGCACAGAAUCUGGAAAAGACCGAGGCGUACUUUUUAGGGAUAUUUUGUGUAGAAGCCUCGUUAAAAAUUUUAGCCUUAGGUUUUGUUUUACACAGAGGAUCGUAUCUUAGAAACGUUUGGAACAUAAUGGAUUUUUUCGUUGUAGUAACUGGUAUCAUCACGCAGAUGCCGGAGGUGGCGCCCGAAGUCGACUUCCGGACCUUGCGUGCCAUUAGGGUGCUGAGGCCCCUUAAAUUAGUAUCGGGCGUUCCUAGUCUGCAAGUUGUAUUGAAGUCCAUCAUCAAAGCAAUGGCCCCGUUGCUACAAAUCGGCCUUUUGGUGCUUUUUGCAAUUGUCAUAUUCGCCAUUAUUGGUCUCGAAUUUUACUCAGGGGCUUUACAUAAGACUUGUUAUAGUUUAGAGGAUAUAAAUGAAAUAGUAAAUGAUGGAGACAAUCCAACACCAUGCAACGCAGAUAAUGAGACACUUGCCCCCUACGGUGCGCAUGUGUGUGGCUACGACAAAAGCACAUGUUUGGAGAAGUGGGAAGGACCUAACAGAGGAAUCACGUCCUUUGACAACAUUGGAUUUGCUAUGCUUACUGUCUUCCAGUGUAUUACUAUGGAGGGAUGGACAGCUAUACUCUACUGGACGAAUGAUGCCUUAGGUAGCACAUUUAACUGGAUUUACUUUGUGCCUCUAAUAGUAUUGGGUUCAUUCUUCAUGCUCAACUUAGUUCUUGGUGUCCUUAGCGGUGAGUUUGCUAAAGAAAGAGAGAAAGUAGAAAAUAGACAAGAAUUUCUUAAAAUAAGAAGACAACAAAUGCUAGAGAGAGAACUCAAUGGUUAUGUUGAGUGGAUUUGUAAAGCAGAGGAAGUAAUAUUAGCGGAAGAAAGAACAACAGAAGAGGAAAGAAUGCAUAUUAUAGAAGCCCGAAGAAGAGCAGCAGCAAAAAAGAAGUUAAAGAACCUUGGGAAGAGUAAAAGCACAGACACAGAAGAGGAAGAACAGGAUGAAGACUGUGGCGAUGACGUUCCAAAGAAAAAGCAAGGGUUCUUGAAAAGCAAAACAAGAUCAGCAGGAAAAUGCGCUGACUUCUGGAGGAAAGAAAAAAGAUUUAGGUUUUGGAUCCGUCACACCGUCAAAACUCAGUGGUUUUACUGGUUCGUCAUAGUUUUGGUGCUCUUUAAUACAAUAUGUGUAGCGGUUGAGCACUAUAGACAACCUAAGUGGCUUACUUCGUUUUUAUACUAUGCCGAAUUUGUGUUCUUGGGGCUGUUCAUGAUGGAAAUGUGGAUCAAAAUGUAUGCUCUCGGUCCACGGAUUUACUUCGAAUCAUCGUUUAAUCGCUUCGAUUGCGUUGUCAUAUCUGGCUCCAUAUUCGAAGUGGUUUGGUCCGAAGUAAAGGGAGGCUCGUUUGGUCUGUCAGUUCUAAGGGCUCUUAGAUUGUUAAGGAUAUUUAAGGUCACAAAAUACUGGUCAUCUCUGAGAAACCUUGUGAUAUCUCUUCUAAAUUCGAUGAGAUCCAUUAUCUCUCUACUGUUUCUUCUCUUCUUGUUCAUUCUCAUCUUCGCAUUGCUGGGAAUGCAGUUAUUUGGCGGUCAAUUUAAUUUCGAGGAAGGCACGCCACCUACAAACUUCAAUACAUUCCCAAUUGCUUUACUUACUGUCUUCCAGAUCCUAACGGGGGAGGAUUGGAAUGAAGUUAUGUAUCACGGUAUCCAAUCCCAAGGUGGUAUACAAAAAGGAAUGUUGUAUUCUUUAUACUUUGUCAUCCUCGUGCUGUUUGGUAACUACACGCUGCUAAACGUGUUUCUUGCCAUCGCUGUUGACAACUUGGCGAAUGCACAGGAAUUGACAGCAGCUGAAGAAGAACAGGUAGAGGAAGAUAAGGAGAAACAAUCGCAGAAGGAAGAAAAGAAAGAGGAUGAGGAAGUACCGGAUGGACCAAAACCAAUGCUGCCAUAUUCGUCCAUGUUUAUUUUGUCACCUACAAAUCCAAUAAGACGAGGCGCACACUGGAUUGUAAAUUUAAGAUAUUUUGAUUUUUUUAUCAUGUUAGUUAUAUGUAUGAGUUCUGUGGCGUUAGCAGCAGAAGACCCCGUAGUCGAAGAUAGUGAUAGAAAUACUGUGCUAAACUACUUUGACUACGCUUUCACGGGCGUGUUCACCGUGGAGAUGCUGCUGAAGAUAGUCGAUCUCGGCAUCCUGUUCCAUCCAGGCGCCUAUCUGCGGGACCUGUGGAAUAUCAUGGAUGCCGCUGUCGUCAUAUGCGCACUCGUUAGUUUCGGCUUUGAAAUUGGAGGCGUAAAGAAGGGGGCGGGGCAAAAUCUGUCCACAAUAAAAUCGUUAAGAGUGUUGAGAGUGCUCAGACCUUUAAAAACUAUUAAACGUGUUCCAAAGUUAAAAGCAGUGUUUGACUGUGUCGUGAACUCUUUGAAGAACGUGAUAAACAUUCUAAUAGUGUACAUAUUGUUUCAAUUCAUAUUCGCUGUAAUUGCAGUUCAACUUUUUAAUGGUAAAUUUUUUUUCUGCAACGAUAUCAGUAAGAAUACCUUCGAAGACUGCCAAGGGUCGUAUUUCGUGUACGAGUCAAACAGCCUGCUGCCGCGUGUGAGCAAGCGACAGUGGACGACACAAUCCUUUCACUACGACAAUGUCGCAUCGGCCAUGCUCACGCUUUUCGCGGUGCAGACCGGAGAGGGAUGGCCACAAGUGCUUCAAAACUCAAUGGCCGCGACGUAUGAAGAUCGGGGACCUAUACAGAACUUUCGAAUAGAAAUGUCCAUAUUUUAUAUAGUUUACUUUGUAGUGUUUCCGUUCUUCUUUGUUAACAUAUUCGUAGCUUUGAUUAUUAUUACAUUUCAAGAACAGGGUGAAGCUGAGUUACAAGAUGGAGAAAUCGAUAAGAAUCAGAAAUCGUGUAUUGACUUUACGAUAGAAGCGAGGCCUUUAGAAAGGUAUAUGCCAAGUAAAAGGGGGAGCCUUAAGUACAAAGUAUGGAGAGUAGUCGUCUCCACACCCUUUGAGUACUUCAUCAUGUCACUGAUCGUGCUUAAUACGUUAUUGCUUAUGAUGAAGUUUCACGAGGCUCCACCGAUCCUCAUGGACGUGUUAACAGUCAUGAACAUAGUAUUUACGUUCUUCUUCCUACUCGAGACCGUUCUGAAGUUAAUUGCGUUCGGAUGUACGAAUUUUUUCAAAGAUCCGUGGAAUACUUUUGAUUUCAUAACGGUCAUUGGAAGUAUUAUUGACGCCCUAAUCAUGGAAUUUGGAAGUGAACUGGGCGAAAACUGUGCUGACAUUUCCUGUCAGCAGGAAAACACAUUCAACGUUGGUUUCCUCCGCCUGUUCCGAGCCGCGCGACUGAUCAAGCUGCUCCGACAGGGUUACACCAUUCGAAUACUGUUGUGGACUUUCGUGCAGAGUUUCAAAGCCUUACCCUACGUGUGCCUUCUCAUCGCGAUGUUAUUUUUCAUCUACGCAAUCAUCGGAAUGCAGGUGUUCGGAAAUAUAGAUUUAGCGGCAGAGUCUGAUAUGAACAGACACAACAAUUUUCGGAGCUUUAUUCAAGCUCUCAUGUUACUAUUUAGGUGUGCUACGGGUGAAUCCUGGCCAAAUAUAAUGUUGGCAUGUUUAAAGCCUGCCAAAUGUGAUAAAGAAGCCGGGAAGUCACCGUCCGAGAUGUGUGGCAGUACGCUUGCGUACGCCUACUUCGUGUCCUUUAUAUUUUUCUGUUCCUUUCUGAUGUUGAAUCUUUUCGUUGCCGUCAUUAUGGAUAAUUUCGAUUACUUAACAAGGGAUUCAUCAAUUCUCGGAGCGCAUCAUCUAGACGAAUUUGUUAGGAUAUGGGCUGAAUAUGACCCAAAUGCCACGGGGAAGAUCCACUAUACAGAAAUGUAUGAUAUGUUAAAAAAUAUGGAUCCGCCGCUGGGAUUUGGAAACAAAUGUCCCAAUAGAUUAGCAUAUAAAAAAUUAAUUAGGAUGAAUAUGCCAUUAGAUGAAGAAGGCAAAGUAAAUUUUACGACAACGCUGUUUGCAUUAAUUCGAGAGAAUCUUAGUAUAAAAAUGAGAACAGCUGAAGAAAUGGACCAAGCCGAUGAAGAACUUAGGGAAACAAUAACCCGGAUUUGGCCGCUGCAAGCGAGGAAAAUGUUGGACCUGUUAGUUCCUCGUAGCGAUGUCUUAAAUGGCAGAAACCUAACCGUUGGAAAAAUCUACGGAGGUCUCCUCAUACUCGAGAGUUGGAAGUCCACUAGGUUUGGCCAGAAUGAACCCUCUGGUCUGCCGGCAUUCAGCGAGAAUAGCCCUACGGCCAAUCAGCCGAAGGCGUCCUUCUUUAACUGCUUGCUCGACGUGGCGGCAACGGGCCUGGGCCACGGAUCUCGGACAGGCUCCUUAAGUCAAGAAGGACAACCAAUUACUGUUCCUACAACGGAAGGUGACGACACGCAUACUAUAAUGGACCUUGCGAGAAGAAGUACAAGGAAACCCCACAAAAACAACAACAAAAAGGUGUUAGAAUUACAAGAUGUUGGAUCCCACCAUGCUUCCAUGGAGUCUUUAGACGAAGGAAGACUACAAGCAAGUCAUGUCUAUCAAAAUGGACACCACGGAAGAUCAUCUAGUUUAAGACGCACACCAAGUCCCAGAAGACGACAUUACGGAGGUUAUCAUCAUGAAAUCGGUUUCUCUGACACCGUCAAUAAUGUCGUCGAGAUAGUAAAACACGAACAUCAAAGACACGGGCGGACACACAGGGCGCCUCAUCAUUACCAUGGGAAGGAGUGGAGGGCGCCCUAUCCCACGACCAGCCUGAGCCUGCCCUCGCGGUCGCCCAGCCCGCCCCACCACACCUACGUCUGGGCACCCAUAGGUGGCGACCGAGAUCGCGAUAAAGACCGCGAGUGGCGAGAGUGGCGCGACCGGUCGUGGGAGCGCGAAGGCGGGCGAAGAGGCCGCGGACGCCAGCUACCGCCCACGCCCACCAAACCGUCCACGCUGCAGGUCAAGCAGCCGCCCCUCGCCAGAAUAAGCCACAGCCCCUCACACUUAUCGUUAAGGCCUACAGCACGAGAACCUUUAGAGCCUCUACACGAUGAGUAUGAAUAUGGGCGGGAAGUUGAAAGACUGAUACACCGAGACUAUAGAUCUAGGGAAAGGCGCGGUUGGGGCUACGAGAGCGAGCGCGGCGUACGCACGUACGACGCGCCGGCGCCGCUAAGUUACGAGGCAGCGCUGGCGAUGGGGCGCGGCGGCGGCGCACGGGCCCUUCCUUCACCUAGCGGCACGCGACUGCCCAAUGGGUACAAGCCGCGCACGCGCCACUCUGACUCUGACGAGGACGACUGGUGCUAGCGGCGCCGCCGCGCGCGCUCCCAGCGGGACGUGCGCGCGCCGCCCGCCUCGCCCGCAACCCACGCGCAUACAUACUGACGCGUUGGGGACUCCACGUGUGUAUAUGUGUAGA